UGCUUCCACAUAAACUCACAUCCCUACCAACUCUACUCAAAAGAGCUCUCUCUCUCCUUCAUAAGAGAGUCAACAAAAACUCACAAUCCAAAAGAAAAAACUGCACGUGAUUAUAGAGAGACAGUAUUUAGAAAAAUGGAUCAAAAUUUGCCAACUAUUACAAAAAAGUUCUGGAAGACAGUCCGCGUGGCUUACUUCAUGUUGAGAAAAGGGCUAUCAAAGAGAAAACUAAUGUUUGAUCUCAACUUAUUUCUGAAACGUGGCAAAAUUGCAAGCAAAGCCGCCAUUCAAAAUCUCAUGUUCCACGGCCAUUAUACCCAAGGCCACCAAUCAUCUUCCAAAGAGUACUAUGAGUUCAGCUGCAGUAACAGCCCUGCUUUCCACCUUCCCUUCAACCUCAACAAACGCAAUAAGCAUACUCACCAUGCAUCUGUCAUUGAAGACGACGACGUUAUAAUGAUGAACAGUGCCGUUUUGAAAGCAUUGGAAAUGCUUCAGAGUGAAACAGCAUCACCUGCUUUGCCUGGAAUUGGGAGAACUCCAACAGUGAGGCAAUUAAGGGUAACUGACUCGCCUUUUCCUCUAAGAGAUGCUGACGGUGACAUUAGCCACGUAGACGAGAAAGCUGAUGAAUUCAUUUCAAGAUUCUACAGAGAUUUGAGAAGAUCAGAGGCUUCUGCUAUUGCUUGAUACUUAUGUUUUAAGCUUUAGUUGGCUAUUUUUCUUUUCCGAAUAUAUUCAUGCAUGUUGUAGUGCAAUAAUAUAGAAAGAGCUUAUAUAUGCAUAAUUGGGAGCUGUGAAUCCUGCAAAUUAGUUUGUGGUUUCCAUUCUGUCUUCGGGAGUUUUUUCCCCCAUAAUUUUCUUUGUAUUCGGGAAAUUUUUGCAAGAAAUAGAAAGAGAAAAGUUUUGCAUCCACAAAUUCCUAC